UACGGUGGGCCGCCGCCAGGCGGCGGGUAUGGCGCCGGCGGCAAUGGCGGCGGGUACGGUGCGCCGCCAGGCGGCGGGUAUGGCGCCGGCGGCAAUGGCGGCGGGUACGGCGCCGGCGGCAAUGGCGGCGGGUACAAUUGCGGCAGCUUCCAGCCGCCGAGCAACGCGCCGCCGCUGCCGCAGCCGACCGCGGGAUCCUCCCCCCACCGCCCCGGCCUGCCGGGCGGCGGCUGGGGCGACGUCUCCAGCCAGUCGCUCGCGCCGUCCGCGCGGGGCGUCGACCCGCACGCGGCGGCCGCACCGCCCCGGGCGGCGCCGGUUGCGUCCGACGGCGAGUACGAGGCGAAGCUGGUCGACGAGGUGACGGCGCCCGGCGGCGUGCGCGCCGCCAUCUCGCGGGAGGAGCUGCGAAAGUUCCUCAACGCUGUCAAGUCGCUCGACUCGCGCUCGGUCGCGGCGCUGCUGCAGCAGCGGAUCGAGGGCUCCGAGUGGCAGCGCCGGCUCAAGGCGCUCAUGGUGAUCGAGGGCCUCCUCAAGGAGGGGGACGACUCCGUGCUCGGCCACUUCCAGAAGAACGUCGCGUGCAUACAGGCCCAGCUCUCGUCGACGCAGGCGUCGCUCAAGGAGAAGGCGCGCAAGCUGCUCGAGCUGCUCGGGAUCGACCACCACGCGCCGCGCACCAGCGGCGCGGGAACGGCGCCCGCGGGCCACGCCGCCCCCCCAUCGGCGCCGGCCGCGCCCGCCGCGCCCGUCGAGAACCUGCUCGACCUCGGCGCAGAGUCGCCGCCGCCGCCCGCCGCCGCCGAGGGCAGCUCGCUCUUCGACGGGCUCUCGCUGGGAGCGGAGCCGCCCGCCGUAGGGCCCGCCGCAGCCGCGCCUGAGCCUGGCAACGGCUCCCUCUUUGGCGGCAUGCAGUUGGGCGCGCCCGAGCCGCCCACCGCAGAGCCCGCCCCGUCACCGCCCGCCGCAGCGCCCGCCGUCGAGGCGGCCGCGCCACCCGCCGCCACCGGCGCCGGUCCCGGUCCCGGUGACGCGGCGGCCGCUGCCGACAUGUUCGCGGGGAUGUCGCUGCCGCCAGAGGCGGCGGCGGAGCCCGUGCCGCCCGCGCCCGCGCCGCCUGCGCCCGAGCCGCCCCCGGCGGCGAAGAGCGUGAGCGAGCUCGAGGCCCUCCUCGCGGACGCACCCGUCUCGCCGGCGAGACCGCCUGCGGCCAGCGCCGCGCCCAAGGCGGCCGGUGGCGCCAGCACGCUAUCGGGCCUCGCCUCGAUGGGCACGCAGCCGGCGGCGCCGCUGCAAGGCGCGGCGCAGCAGCAGAUGGCGAUGAUGCAGCAGCAGAUGGCGAUGAUGCAGCAGCAGAUCAUGCAGCAGCAGCAAAUGCUGCGCAUGAGCGGCGUCGCCGGCAGGCCGCCGCCGCCGGCGCCGCCCGCCAUGCCGAUGGGCAUGGGCAUGGGCAUGGGCCGUCCGCCUUUGGGCGCGGGCUCGCCCGCCACGCGCAAGCCGAUCGACCUCGGAAACGGGUCCGACUCAAACGGCGCGUUCGACUUUAUGGGCGGCGCAAAGCCGGGCGACGCGUUCGACUUUGUGGGCUCCGAGAUAGCAAAGAACAAGAAGAGCAUCUAGCACCCCGCCCUUUUCCCCGCCGCGCCAGCCGCAGCGGCUCGUGCCGCGCGCCGCACUGACCACUGUCCUGGCGGAGAGCUGCAGUCUCCUCUCGUCGGGCCGCCUGUUUGUUCGUACCCUCGCAGGGAAAGAGUGUCUCUUCUCCGUUGUGUCGUGUUUUUCAUUAAGUGGGAUGCAAAAAAGAUCGGGUAU